UUUGGAUUACACCUCUUCCCAGACUCCAGCCCACUGGACCACCUGGCCUCAUGGGACUUGGGAGGGCAGAUUCUCUAAUAUAUAGAGCUCGGAGUCCUUUCUGGACCUGGGGUUAGGUUAUGUCUUUCUUGCUCUGAGAGGGCCCCCAGGCCCCAGGCAGCCAAAGGCAGAAAGAGGAAAGAUCUGAAAAUUUCUACCAAACCAGAAAGACAGCACCUAGGGUUGGGCUGUGCAGACACAUCCACCGAGAGGCUGAUGGCAAUACUGUCCGCAGCCUGUGCCUGCCUGUGUGGGGACUUAAAGGAGUUUAUUGAGGUUACAGGGCCAAUUGGACCUCUGAGACAACACUCAGUUAAGGGCUUUAAAGGCAAAUACUGGAGCAAGAGUUCUAAGGAGAAGAGGAACUGGGAGGCGAUGCCUGAGAAAGGACAGGGAAGCCGCUGCCAGGCAGUCCAGGCUCUGCCCCAUUAAAGGACACCUGCCUGAUCAAACCAGGCCGGGGAAACCAUGUAGCCAAAGCGAGUCUUCCCCAGGGAGUCUAGGAAGGCCAGAGAGUGAGUGAUCUGCAGGACUCGCAUUCAUCCGCCUCACCCUCUUCCUCCAUGGUACCCUUCCCCAACUGGAAGCCGGGCACCAGGCAGAGGGUUAGGAGAUGCAGGGGAAGUUUACAGAAUGCCAGCAAGAGGGUGAGCUGGAGGGCUACGGGAAGUGAAGGGGUUCGGGUUUAGGGAGAAGUCCAGCGCCUGAGCUGAGGAGCAGAGACGCCACCCAAUUGGAAAGAAGCUUCUUCCCCAAAUCCCGGUGGUCUAGAGUCCUCCAGCCCUGUGCAGGAAACCUGAAGGAGCUCAGGCGGCGCUGGGGGGCAGCCACCCACGACGAGCCCAAAGGCCGAUGAGGGCUCAGAGGCCGUGCUCCCCAAGCCCAGGAACGUGUUCCACAUCGAGUGGUCUUCCAUUCGGAGGAGGAGCAAAGUGUUUGGGAAAGGCGAACAUCAGGAGAGACACACCAAAGACUCUUCUCUAUCUCAAUACCGGAAGCCCACAGUUGAGUUGCUGGAUAUGGACACCAUGGAGGAGAGCUCGGAGAUAAAGGUGGAAACAGGCGUCUCCAAGACUUCCUGGAUUCGGAGUUCCCUGGCCGCCAGUGGGAAGAGGAUCCGCAAAGCCCUCGGGUACAUAACGGGAGAGAUGAAGGAGUGCGGAGAGGGACUUAAAGACAAAUCCCCAGUGUUCCAGUUCCUCGACUGGGUCCUCCGGGGCAUGUCCCAGGUGAUGUUCGUGAACAACCCCCUCAGCGGCGUCCUCAUCGUCCUCGGCCUCUUCAUCCAGAACCCCUGGUGGGCCAUCGCGGGCUGCCUGGGCACCGUGAUGUCCACCCUGGCAGCCCUCAUCCUGAGUCAGGACAGAUCUGCCAUCGCAGCCGGACUUCACGGCUACAAUGGGGUCCUGGUGGGGCUGCUGAUGGCCGUGUUCUCGGACAAAGGCGACUAUUACUGGUGGCUUCUGCUCCCCGUCAUCCUUAUGUCCAUGACUUGCCCCAUCCUCUCCAGUGCCCUGGGCACCAUCUUCAGCAAGUGGGACCUCCCAGUCUUCACGCUGCCCUUCAACAUCGCGGUGACCCUGUACCUGGCGGCCACAGGCCACUACAACCUCUUCUUCCCCACGACGCUGCUGCAGCCCAUCUCCUCCGUGCCCAACAUCACCUGGUCGGAGGUCCAGGUGCCCUUGCUUUUGAGAGCCAUCCCUGUUGGGGUCGGCCAAGUGUACGGCUGCGACAACCCCUGGACUGGAGGCAUCUUCCUCAUAGCUUUGUUCGUAUCGUCACCUCUUAUUUGCUUGCACGCCGCGAUCGGAUCCACCAUGGGCAUGUUAGCAGCUCUCACUCUGGCGACGCCCUUCGACUCCAUCUACUUCGGCCUGUGUGGCUUCAACAGCACGCUGGCCUGCAUCGCCAUAGGGGGCAUGUUCUACGUCAUCACCUGGCAGACCCACGUCCUCGCCGUCGCCUGCGCACUGUUUGCAGCCUACCUGGGCACCGCGCUGGCUAACGGGCUAUCCGUGUUCGGAUUACCUCCCUGCACCUGGCCCUUCUGCCUCUCCGCCCUCACCUUCCUGCUCCUGACAACCAACAACCCCGCCAUCUACAGGCUCCCGCUCAGCAAAGUCACCUACCCGGAGGCCAACCGCAUCUACUACCUGUCCCAGGAGAAAAAUAGAAGAGCCUCGACCAUCACGAAGUACCAGGCCUACGAUAUCUCUUAAGCUGCCCUUUCCGAAACAUGUCACCGUAAGUUCAGCCCUCGGCAGGCUGUCCAGGCACCCGGGCUGAAGGCCGCUGCAACUCUCCUGUCUGUCCUGUGAUUCUGCCCCAAGCAAGCCUGCCGGCAAGUUAUUCCCAAAAACGGGGGAAUCUGCAUGCCAUCACCACUCAGGAACCUCUCUGUUCCAAGGUGCACAACACUUAGCAAAGAUAGGAUUCGUUUAGAGUUUAUACCCAUAGCUCACUGCACACCAGCUCCCUUCGAAGGGAGUUUUCCCUCUUUUGCAAAGUAAGCCACAUCCCUGAAGAGAACUCACCAGAAGGGGACGGAGAUUGGUGACGUGAUCAGCCAACUCAGUCAUUUAAUACAGUGUCAGGAAAUGAGCCUAGAAGGCAAAAGGGCCGUUUGCCCCCCGCUCUGCCCCUAAUGAACUCCUACCACUUGGGUGAAUCCAUCCCCCGCUCUCAGCCUCGACUACUUAGUGGUUUCAAAACAGGGAGGGACCUUUCAGUCCCCUCCACCUCAGAUGUGUUGAUUCUUCCUUCUCCUGUAAACUGAUGAUAUUAGCAUAACUAACAAAUAACUACCUUGAGCUAAAAAUGGAAGGACUACCUAGAGAAGAGGUCAGACAACUUCAAUGUUCGAUGGAGAUUCAGCCUUGAGUCAUGAGAAGAUGUUUUCCAGGCUUGGGGUUGGAAACUUAAAUUCACGGGAAAUGCCAACGUGCCUUCCUUUACAUGACAGGUAUUUCUGGAAGUGUCAUCAGAUGAAAACUGAUCUUUUUCAACAUUCAAAUCAUAUUUUAAACGUGUUUCUCUUAUAAUAUUCAUAAGCCUACUCUCAUUAAACAGCUAAGCUUGCAA